AACCCGCGACGAAUCCAGCCGACGGAGCCGCCUCGGACAUCAGUCCUCGUAGAAGAGCCACAGUCGGACGUGAACGGCGAGCCGUCUACUACGGCGCUCCAACCUGGUAGCGAAUCCCUGGUCGAGGAUGAUGCUACCGUUGGCGACUCGGGUUCUAGUACGGCAGGGUCUAUGGUCAGCCUGACCGAGUUCGCAUCGAGCCCUGCGCUGGAAGAGUCAGAACACAAGGUCGUUCGAUCCGAUGCUCCUCCUGGUGCCGACGCAUCUCAGUCUGGUGAACGGGGGCCGGUCUCAAUGACCCAGACAGGCAGCUCUGGCUCUGGCUCUCGCCCAGCUGGCGAGAUGAUCGUUGCUGGUCCCGCACAGGCUAAGGGCAGGAGGAUCGAAGACGUUCUCACGCCGCUUCCUAUGAAAGUUAUCACUCAAGCAGCCCUAGACCACUUGCAAAGGACAUGCGGAUUCAAUCACGUUCUCUUUGUUACUGCUUCUGAUUUCGUUCCUGGAGAAUCCAUCGAGGAUUCGUACUUCAUCAAGCCGUCCAUGGUCUGUCACAAUGGACAGUGGGCACCGUGUAAGAACAAAGCCUUCAACAAGCGCAUCGCAAAGGGACAAAUAGACUUGAUCGCCCACCUUGGCGGUGCCCCCUAUUACUUAGGAACAUACAUCAUCACGGACAACCCAGAGCCCAUGACGGCUGAAUACUUUCAGGGACUUCCUGACGUCGUGAGUCGGGUCGAAGCCUGUGCUUUGGGUACCAUUCAUGCUCCUCUACCCUAGACCCAACGAUGCCUAGUCACGGCCACAGGACCAAAGAAUGAAGCUCCGGAUAUAAUGUCACGCUACCAAAAUGGUACACUCACUGCCCUCAAAUAUCGAGCCCGCCGCGUCGACCUCAACAGAACGUUGGACCAAUAUCUACGCUCUGCCCUGGGAGGAGCUGGCAGGGCAUAGAUCCCAUUUUAUUGUUUCACGUGUGAGACUAUUCACACUCUCAUGGACAUCGUUGUUAUAAUAUCCACCCUGUGAAUCAUUGCGAGUCCACCGUUGGCACUCAUGCAAAUUUGAAGGCCCUGCGUUGUAUAGGAAGUAUGUACCUUCCGUUAUGCAAUACCGAAGCCUGCAGCCCUCGCUGUUACUGGAGACGGC